AUGGACCUGAACGCCGCCGCCGCGCUGUGCCUCUGGCUGCUGAGCGCCUGCCGCCCCCGCGACGGGCUGGAAGCGGCCGCUGUGCUGCGAGCGGCGGGGGCUGGGCCGGUCCGGAGCCCGGGGGGCGGCGGCGGCGGCGGCAGCGGCGGGCGGACUCUUGCCCAGGCUGCGGGCGCCGCGGCUGUCCCGGCCGCCGCGGUUCCCCGGGCCCGCGCCGUGCGCCGCGCCGCGGGCUCCGGCUUCAGGAACGGCUCGGUGGUGCCGCACCACUUCAUGAUGUCGCUUUACCGGAGCCUGGCCGGGAGGGCUCCGGCCGGGGCAGCCGCUGUCUCCGCCUCGGGCCAUGGUCGCGCGGACACGAUCACCGGCUUCACAGACCAGGCGACCCAAGACGAAUCGGCAGCCGAAACAGGCCAGAGCUUCCUGUUCGACGUGUCCAGCCUUAACGACGCAGACGAGGUGGUGGGUGCCGAGCUGCGCGUGCUGCGCCGGGGAUCUCCAGAGCCGGGCCCAGGCAGCUGGACAUCUCCGCCGUUGCUGCUGCUGUCCACGUGCCCAGGCGCCGCCCGAGCGCCACGCCUGCUGUACUCGCGGGCAGCUGAGCCCAUAGUCGGUCAGCGCUGGGAGGCGUUCGACGUGGCGGACGCCAUGAGGCGCCACCGUCGUGAACCGCGCCCCCCCCGCGCGUUCUGCCUCUUGCUGCGCGCAGUGGCAGGCCCGGUGCGGAGCCCGUUGGCACUGCGGCGGCUGGGCUUCGGCUGGCCGGGCGGAGGGGGCUCUGCGGCAGAGGAGCGCGCGCUGCUAGUCGUUUCCUCCCGCACGCAGAGGAAAGAGAGCUUAUUCCGAGAGAUCCGCGCCCAGGCCCGCGCACUCGGGGCCGCUCUGGCCUCAGAGCAGCCGCCCGACCCAGGAACCGGCACCGGGUCGCCAAGGGCAGUCAUUGGCGGCCGCAGACGGAGGAGGACGGCCUUGGCCGGGACGCGGACAGCGCAGGGCAGCGGCGGGGGAGCGGGCCGGGGCCACGGGCGCAGGGGCCGGAGCCGCUGCAGCCGCAAGCCGCUGCACGUGGACUUCAAGGAGCUCGGCUGGGACGACUGGAUCAUCGCGCCGCUGGACUAUGAGGCGUACCACUGCGAGGGCCUUUGUGACUUCCCUCUGCGUUCGCACCUCGAGCCCACCAACCACGCCAUCAUUCAGACGCUGCUCAACUCCAUGGCGCCUGACGCGGCGCCGGCCUCCUGCUGUGUGCCCGCACGCCUCAGCCCCAUCAGCAUCCUCUACAUCGACGCCGCCAACAACGUUGUCUACAAGCAAUAUGAGGACAUGGUGGUGGAGGCCUGCGGCUGCAGGUAGCGCGCGGGCCGGGGAGGGGGCAGCCACGCGGCCGAGGAUCCCCAGCUGAUGAGCAGCAGCGGGCCAGCCUGUCACCGAGCGUGGGUUCAUGUCCGAUGUGACCCAGCGCCCUCUCGAAGGAGGGAGAGCACACGUUCACACUCACACACACUCGUGCAGUCACGCACAUAUUUACCGGGGGCAGUAUGUGAAAGCCUUGGGAAGAGAUGAUCUGCCGGUCCCAAGUGUCAAAGCCUUGUGUAUUUUGCAAACAGAUAACCAUGGCGCCCACUGCCCCCAUUUGGGGAGAGGAAGGUGUUUGUGCUGAUGUUGCAGUAACAGGCAGGAAAAUCAGGUAGCAACGGGUUAGGAAAUUGGGAGCUCCAGAAUGGGAGAACCAAAGGGGUACUCGAGCAUGUUUUAUCUCACUCCUUUUUGUUUCUGGCCCAAUGUGGGGCGUCGCUUCCCUGGGGGGCUGAGCGCCGCGUGGUGCACUCCGUGACCCACUGCAAGGCUGUAAUGCCCUUUCCGAGGGUUUGUGUUGCAUGGGGCCGUUUACUCCGGAACUGCUGCAAAAAGCAUCUUUCUUUUUUAACUUUUAAAAUUUAACGUGCCCCUCCUUCAUUUCUGAAAGGGAAGUUUUGUCUGAAAGUAGGUGUUGUGGAGCUUCCCAGAUUUCUGCAAAGGUCGGUACCGCCCCCUC